AUUUAUAUAUUAUAAUUUUUUGUUGUUAUAUAGUUAUGAUAUAAUUCAAUGGUCUGUAGUCUGUUCUCACUUAACAACUCAAUAGUAGUUGAUACUCAUGUCAUCUUCAUAUUGUUGUUUAUUGCGAACGCGAUGUUUCCGCAGAUUACAAUACUUUUCAAUCAUCAGCUAAUAUCUUAUCUAAGGUUUUAAUCAUUUUUAAAUUACUCAGUUCUCAUUACUCGCAAUCGAUCGGUUAUUCGGUUAUCUAAAUGGUUCUGUGAAUGGUAGUAGGUACUUAAUACAACUCAAUAUUAUGUUAUAAACAAUAAUGUUCAGUGCGAGUAAAUAAAAUAUUAUACUUUUUAUUAUUAUUAUAAAUAAACGUUUUGUCUGGGCCCAACUGUCAUCAACUAGUCCAUAAGAAUUUUAUAAUCCACAAUAUUAUAUUUCUUCGAGGACAAAUAUGAACGAUACAUCUGAAAGCAAUUAUGAGAUGCUUCAAGCAUUGUACGAUUACAAAGAUACUUCAUCAGAGAGAACAUUAGACUUCAAAAUGAAUGAUGAAUUUUUCAUUUACCGGGAUGUUGCUGAUAAAAAGAGUUGGUGUUUAGUUAUCAACCAUAAUGGUGAUUUAGGAUAUGUACCAUAUAAUUAUGUCAAAACAAUUUAUGUAAAAGAUACACAUGUAUUAAAAUUCCUAGACGAUUGUCUCUUGACAGUCCAACAAAAACUUGAUGUGAAUGAUAAUUCCUCUGACAAAUUUAAGCUAUAUGAAUCAUUGUUGAGACGACAAAAAAAAUUUAAACAAAAAUCUUCCUAUAAUACACUAGAUACUCCAAUACAAUGCAAAACCGCUGAUAAGGGUAAUCAAUCAGAGGCAUAUGAACAGACAUUAAAUGAAACUAAAAAUAGUUCUAGUGUUUCAAAAAAAUCAAAGGACAUAACUAUUCCAGAUAUUUAUGAAGUAGUGCAGCAAGUAAGAAAUCAUACAGGAUUGUCUUAUAAUUUUUCUCAACUAGCUGUUUCUGUUGUGAUUCAAUAUUUAUCUAAUCUAGUUGAUGAAUCAGCAAAGUCUAGUCUCAAUAGUGUACGUGAAAUUAUUGAUACUUUUCCGCCUACAAGUGCAACAUUACCAGUAGAAUGUUUGGAAAAUACUAAGGAUGGAAAAUGCAUGCAACAGUUAUUGGAAUACUUAACCGCUGCCAAAGAAGAUUCACAACAACGUUCAUGGCAAAUAUUUGAUGAUCAUGUUCAAAUUGAAGACUGUUUAGUAGAACUUACGAGCAUCUUGAAAAAUGCAGAUCCUAUGGUCAUAAAUCAUGUUUUAAAAAUGGACCAGUUUACAUCGAUUAAUAAUUUAUUGGAGUAUUACCAAAUGGAAUUACGAUGGGUGAUUCAAAAACAUUUGCUUAACAUAUUUUCUGAACUAUGCAAACUCAAUUUUGUUGUUGUUGAAAUUAUAAUUAAUUCCAUACUGCCAAUGGAAUUAGCUAGAGAUAUACAAAAUAACAAAGAAGAUUUAAACAAGCAAGUCAUUCUUGCUGAAUUUCUAACACUAAUUUUAUCGGUUGGAGAGACUUUACCAAUUUCUUGCUUUGAAUAUAUGAAUGUGGACUUUGUUACCAAAAUACUAAGUGAUAUAGAGGACAAUGAUCUAAAAUCUUCUAAUGAUGAAAAAAAUACUGAAUGCAUGAUUAAUUUAUUGCUGUCUUAUAAUCUUCAGUUUUCCAAAAUUGAAUCAAACAUAACUUUAAAAGGGCUGGCACAUAGAGAUAAUGCUAAAGUAUUGACUGAAAAUUUGUUGAUUUUACUUAACACUGAAAAAGAUCCAGUGCAAGUUUUAAAAUUGAAGAAAAAGCCAAAAAACUCUGUAGAAAAAUUGUUAAAUGACAUCCUUGCUGACUCAAAAACUGCUAAACUGUUUUAUGUUAAUGAUAUAGAAGUUCUAGUUGAUAUUAUUAUACGUCAAUUUUUGAAUAUUCCAUCCGAUGAAAUGGCUCGUACUUCAUACUUGGAACUUUGUAAGAAUGUGAUUUUUAAUACAGAAUAUUUAGACCGCAAACAUAAAUUAUCAGAUUUAAAUAAUUGCCUUCAAGAAAUUCUUGUCGAUGAUAGUUCUUGCACUAAAGACCAAGAUAUCUGUAUUAUUAAGGAAAUUUAUUUAAAAUAUCCAGAAUUGUCCAAAUAAAAUUGUUGAAUAUUUGUUUCCAAAAUAUAAUAGCUUGCUUAUUCACUAUUUUGAGUAUUAAUCAAAAUGCUAAAUGUGCUUGUAACAAUGUUGUGAUGAUUAUUAUUGUAUGUUACUUUUAUGUGCCAAAUAUUAUCUUAAACAUUUUAUUAAUAUUAUAACCAUUUUGAUUUUUCUUCUUUUCGCUUGUAGCUGUAUCUUAUUUUACAAUACGUUUUGAUAUUUUUAAAUUUUAUUUCAUAUUUAACAAUGUUAUAGUAUUAAAUAUAUAUUAUUAAUUUUUAUAUGUUAAUUGAUAUAUUAAGUAUUCUUGUUUGUUGGAUUCAUCUUAUAUAUUUAAAACCAAAUACUUGAUAUGUAUUACUUAUUACAGAUUUUAGUAUACCAAUAAAACAACUUUUUGUGUCUAAUUAUUUAUAUUUUAUAAAAACGUUGACUGAAUAACAUAUGCUAGCAGUAACAUUCAGCAGACUUUACAGCAAUGGUUCUCAUUUUCCCAAUGGGUUAUCUGCACACAGAAUAGAUGAAAUGUAUGUAUGAAUUAAUUAGAUUAAUUAUAAUAAUUGUAAUAUUAUUAUAUUUGACUACGCUUGACUGGAUGACUCGGUUACUUAGUCGCUAGCCAUGAUGUGAUCAAUAAGUGUCCAGAGAGGAACUACUAUGUUCACGAUUCUCAGUUAUCGUUACAAAAUAUAAAUUGUUGAAGUGUACAAAAUCACUUAUGUGUGUAUGUUACUAACAACCACACACGACUGCAGUCUGCAGGCUAAAAUAUUUUUAAUCGAUAUGUAUGAAAAAAACAGUAAAACGGCCUACACACAAUAUUCAUUAUUGACAAUAUUAUUGACUGUGUGUUAGCUAUGUUGAAAGUUUUUCAGUCUUCAAUAAUAUUAUAAUAAAUAUAUUGAAAAUAUCAAAACCGUUUAGAUAUAUUUUAUUGACAGGUUUUUAAAGAUCGUGAAUGUGGCAAUGAUGUGCUUGUCCCAUCAGCAAAUAGCGGCAAACUUCAGAGAUAAGAACAAUAUUUUGAUAACUGAUUAUUGCUUUGUUAUUGUAAAUAAUUCGGAUAUACAAUACUACAAUAGUGAUAUUACUGAUAUUAGAAUACUAGAAUUAGUUGAUGGAAAUAGGGUUCUAUUCUAAUUUCUAUCUAUACAGACUCCAACCGUGAAUUGUGAUCCACUGCUGCUAAUGAAAUUUCAAUUCAUGCUUAUUCAAAUUUGUUAUAUUUAGUGAAAA